CCAGGUCAAGAGAAGAUGGAGUGUAGGAAGUACAACAGCAGAGAGGAAAUGAAGUUAUGUGUGAGGUUAUGACAUCUAGUGAAAGCUGGAGGACUGGUAUUUAGACUAUUUAUGGAAGAGAGGGAAGAAGCUGUAAUUGUGGGAGGCUGGGGAAAGGGCAGUAGUAGACAUGGAUCUGCUGAAGAACUGUCUUUUGGGUGAGAAAACUGGCCAAGGAGACAUUAUGGGGAUUGAGAUCAGACUUGAGCCCAGAGGUGGCAAAGAGGGACUGGAACUGCUUGGGUGAACAAGGGCAGAAAAGACAGGAAAUCCUGAAAGAAUGGGGGGAUAAGGAGAGAAUGAAGAAUUUGAAAUGAAAAUAUGGAAGUUGCAUUUCAUGGAGUCAUCAGAAACAGGGCUGUGUGUUUGAGUGGGUUAAACUGACUGGGAUAAAACAGUCAAAGGAGUGGGAAUUCAGAAAGAAUAAGAUGUUAACAGGACACUGUGACAAGAAACACUGGUUAGAAGGCAGAGGAGCUGGAAGAGCAUGUGCCUACAAGCAUAGGCUAGAAUUCUGAUAAUUUUUCCAACUGACAAGUGUCAGUGAAAUAAAAUUAUAAAACUUACUCUUUUUUCUCCUGCAAAUGUUUUACAGCAGAGGAGGUGGCCAGAUGUUUCUGUUUUGAAGCAGUUAGGAAUAUUAGUGGUAAAAUCCAUAGGAGGGAGUUUUGCUGAGUUUUUCGUUUCUUUGACUUGGAGAGCUACACAGGUGUAAAAACUUAACAGCAGCAUCUUUGGAAAAUGCCAGAAUGAAUGUUGAUUAAAAAACCUCACUGAGCCCCAUCCUCCAAGAAUCUAAUCUAACUUUUCCUUGCAGGUUAGUUAAUGUGUAAUGAAUGAGUAUCUAGUUAAAUACUUGCUUUCACCUCAGUUUGUGUGGCUUCACAUCUUAUUUAUAGCAAACAAGUUAAAAUGUCCCUCUCCCCCCAUCCAUUCUAAGUUCCUGUGUUCACUGUACAGAUGGUGCUAAUACAUACAUUGGUAUGUAUUUUACCUUAGACUUUUAAGGUAGCCUCACUUGAUAUGUGAGACUUGAGACUAGGAAAUUCAGGUUAAAAGUAUGUUCUGCUUUGGAUAUUUAUUUUCAGAAGGCAAUGGCACAAUACAAAGCAUUUUACAAACAGUUAUACAGGACUUUACAUUUAAAACCAAUUUUCUGUAAAUUGUAGUUGUGGGUUUUUUUCCAGCACUUGGUGUGGUGAACCAAGGGUAGUACUCACUUGCACCAUGUUUUGCUGAUAUCAAGUAAAAACCUUAUGGUGCUGAAAGGGGGAUAGAAUUUAGUUUUUCAGGUUACUGUGUGAUUGCUCUGAUACCGUACUUUGUUUUCCUGUGGGCCCCUGCAAAAGGCAGUACAAGCCUCGUGCUAUAUAGGUGGAAAAGAGAAAAUAACUCUGCCUAGACAGGAGCCUAAAUUCUGAAGUUUCAUAACUUUCGAAUGUUUGGCAUAAUAAAUUGGAAAAAAAAGUGUAAUGUGACAAAAAAAUGUAAGUGUUGAAGAGAUUGGGAAUGUUUAAUAUUUAGAAAUCAUCACAUCUGUAAUAUCAGUAUAACCACAGGGAAAGUGGCUUAGAGGACUGUUAAAUACCAUCUAAUUUGCAUUUCCCCCUCUAGAUAAGAUGAGCUGCAUUAUGUAAUUUUGGUCAAAUAUGUGCUCUGCCUGGUGAUGGAGGUUGUAUAUCAUAGUUGAGUACUAGUCUAAUACAUUUGAACAGUUUUCCAGAAUAUGUAUCUUCAGUCUUCACUCUAUUUGGAAAACAGAUAAUUGUCUGUUUUCUUGUCACAUAACUUUUUCUCUGUUUAAAGUGGAGAGUUGUUUAAAGUUUCCUCUCUUCAGCCUAAAUGAUACAGAAAGAGAGUAGGGGGGGAAAUGAAGCCUAAUGUUUAGCUGUCACGUGCACUGACUGAUUUCUUUUCUAGGGAUAUUUUUGGAAAAUGCCAAGCCGGAGGUAUGCUGAUGGCGAGGUGGUGAUGGGCCGUUGGCCAGGAAGUGUCCUGUACUAUGAAGUACAAGUGACCAGUUAUGAUGAUGUUGCUCAUCUUUAUACUGUCAAGUACAAAGAUGGAACUGAACUUGCACUGAAAGAAAGUGAUAUAAGGUCUCAGUCAUCAUUCAAGCACAGGAAGAGCCAGUCUUCUUCGAGUUCUCCCUCCAGAAGAAGCAGCAGCAGAUCUCGAUCCAGGUCUCCUGGUCGGCCAGGGAGAGGGAGACGUCGUUCUACUUCCCAAAGCAGAGAACAUAAAGAUGACAAAAAGAAAACCAUUCAGGAAACCAGCUUAGCUCUACCAGCGAAGCCGAGUGAGAAUAACACCAAAAGGUACAACGGUGAACCUGAAAAUACGGAAAAAAAUGACACAUCCUGCAUAAUCUUGGAGCAAAAGUUAAAACCAGAUGUGGAAGUAAAGCAUUUUGAACAGUACAGCCUGCGUUCAAGGAAAGAUGAAAAGAAGAAAGAAGAGAUAUAUUCGGAGAAAAAGAUUUUUACGGCAUUAAAAACAACUGAGAAAGCACCAUCAAAAACAAAGGAGCUGGAGUUUGGGGGAAGAAUUGGGACCUUCAUGCUGAUGUUUGUCCUUCCUGCUACUGUACUGUACUUGCUGUUGAUGUGUAAACAAGAUGACCCCAGUCUUAUGAACUUCCCUCCUCUCCCAGCACUUGAAAGUCUUUGGGAGACGAGGGUGUUUGGUAUUUUUCUUCUGUGGUUUUUCCUUCAAGCUCUGUUCUACUUGCUGCCAAUUGGAAAGGUUGUAGAAGGCCUGCCUCUUUCAAAUGGAAAGAAACUACAGUACCGGAUAAAUGGGUUUUAUGCUUUUAUUUUCACUGCUGCAGCUAUUGGAAUUUUAUUAUACUUUCAGUUUGAACUUCAUUAUUUGUAUGAUCACUUCAUGCAGUUUGCAGUGUCAGCUGCAGCUUUUUCUUUGGCACUGAGCAUUUAUCUGUAUGUUCGGUCCCUGAAAGCACCCGAGGAAGAACUAGCACCAAGUGGAAAUUCUGGGUAUUUCAUUUAUGAUUUCUUUAUUGGACAUGAAUUAAACCCUCGUAUUGGCAGUUUUGACCUCAAAUACUUCUGUGAGUUGCGUCCAGGACUAAUUGGCUGGGUUGUUAUAAACUUGGCAAUGCUCUUGGCUGAGAUGAAGAUACACAAUCUAAGUAUGCCAUCCCUGUCAAUGAUACUUGUGAACAGCUUUCAGCUUCUGUAUGUGGUGGAUGCUCUUUGGAACGAGGAAGCCGUUUUGACUACAAUGGAUAUUACCCAUGAUGGAUUUGGAUUCAUGCUGGCAUUUGGAGAUUUGGUGUGGGUUCCAUUUGUCUACAGUCUGCAGGCCUUCUAUUUAGUGGGUCAUCCUACUGUGAUUUCUUGGCCUGUUGCUGCCGCAAUUACUGUUAUGAACUGUAUUGGGUAUUACAUAUUCCGUAGUGCAAAUUCUCAGAAAAAUAAUUUCCGAAGGAAUCCCGCAGAUCCCAAAUUGGCCAAUCUGAAAUUUAUACCCACUGCAACUGGAAAAGGGCUUCUUGUCACGGGUUGGUGGGGUUUUGUUCGUCACCCUAAUUAUCUCGGUGAUAUCAUCAUGGCUCUAGCAUGGUCCCUACCCUGUGGUUUUAACCACAUUUUGCCGUAUUUCUACGUGAUAUAUUUCAUCUGCUUGCUUGUUCAUCGAGAAGCUCGUGAUGAACAUCAUUGUAAGCAAAAAUAUGGCUUGGCAUGGGAAAGGUAUUGCCAGCGUGUACCAUACCGCAUAUUUCCUUACAUCUACUAGAGCACUCCAGGUUCCUGAUUGGAAAGUUACUUCUAAAGUUAGGUUCUUUGCAGAUAAAAUAUACCUCUUACCUUUGCACUUGGUCAUUUGUCAUUUAGGCUUUUAAAAAAAAAAAAAAAAAAGGGCCAAACUUUGGAGUGCAUCAAAGGUAUUUACAAGUAAGCUUAAAUACAUGAGUUAUGUGAACUGACUGGCUGUGACUUCAAUUCUUAAAAUAUUGUGAAUUUUAAAAACUCUUGGAGCCCUAAUUUUUCAAGCUAAAUUUUAUCUAGAAUUCCGAGUUUACAUUUUUUUUUUUAUUGCAUUUAAUUAAGCACUGUGAUGUAAAGUAUAUUAUUUUCUUAAUACAAUAAAUGCUGAAAUUCCAUCCAGUUCAUUUUUUGGUGUUACUUGUACCAUCUGACUUCAGAUGUCCAAUUUAGUUGCCUGAAUUGGAGGAGCAGCAGGGUCUUUUUGGUCAGUGAGCUGGCAGCAGAGGAUUUGACCCACAUGAGGGGCCUGCAGCCCAGGGCCUGGAGCUGGCACAGCUCAGCUAGGUGGUUGUUCCCCUCCUGGCUUUUCAUUAAUGGGAUUUUUUUUGGUCAGGGAGGCUCAGGUGACCACUCCUGCCCUGCACCUGCAGGAGGGACUGAGGGAUAUAGAACUGGGAGAAGGGAAGGGGCACAGCUGUCCCCUCCUCCCGUCCCAUUCUUGAGGCAGUUUCAGCACAGACCGAGGGGAGCUCUGAAGCUGCUGUCUGGCAGUGCCGCUGGCCCUGGAUGGAAACCAUGCUUCUGGCUCAGACUCCUGAAAGUAGAUGAUACAAACACUUGCUUUGGCUGUGGGCAGAGCUGUGGAAGUGGGCAGUGAACCCUCAUCCUGCCUCUAGCAUUGAACAGGGGGUAGCAAAAGUGUGCAGGGAAUGCACAUUAGACAGAAAAGGAUCAAAUGACCACAGUCAGCUUAUUCUGAUCUUUGUAAAUUAUGUCUUAAUGUACCAUAGCGUUUACCAAGUGUGUAUAAUAAAGCCUCCACGUUUUUUCUGUACAGUGUUUGGGUUUGAAAAUGCAACAGCUUUUUUAGAAACAGAAGAAAUCAGUAACUAAGCCAAUUUCCAGUAAUUUAAAAAAAAAAUGUUCAUUGAAAAAAGGUUUUUGUAAAUUAAUGUUGUAGUUCUUGAAACAAUUGAAGUGUUCAUUUAAAUAUUUGUAUUGACAGAUAUACUAUGAAAAUAUAGGAAUUGCUCCUCAAUCCAAAGUUGUUGGUUUUUUUUUAAUUUGGCAUUGCUACCUCAUAUGUAGGUGUUGCCUUUUGUACUGUUGCAGAUAGAGAAAUAGCUAUUUUUUUGCUAUUGCUAUUUAAAACAACAUUUUUUACAUGAGCCUGUGGUUAAACUCAACCACUUUCUAAUAUAUUUUUGUAUAUAUUUGACUUUUUGACUAAUGUAUGUGUUCUGGUCACUAGUUGUGUUCUUUGUCUAACUGGCUGUAAAUGAGAUGCCCUUCUGGUAUUUACUUCAUAAGUAGAAUAAUUUUACUGAAAUACUCUUGCAUUAAUUAAGUAGCUAUUGUCACAAGUAAGAGCUUUUCACAUACUUCGCACGUGAGGUUUAUAGCACAAAUUGCCCUAAAAAGCAUAUUAGAAUAUUAAAUAUAGUGCAGGUACCUCUGCACUUGCUUGCAGGAUUGUUCCGAAUAAAUUGGAAUGUUAUUUAUCAAUUUUUUUUUAAAUUCUUCUGAAAUAUUGAUGUAAUUGAAAUCUAGCAUGUGAUUUCUUUUAAAAAUAAAAUAACCCUCUAUUUUGUACAUGGGCAUUUUUUAAAGAUAAUUGUACAAUUGAACUGUAUAUAAUGUAGCUUGAUUGUUGGUGUUGUAAGGAAAAUGUUUUAAGACAAGUACUUUGCUUGCUGGCAGCAAAUAGCAGUGCCUGUAACUAGUCAAAAGAAUUUACUCCUGUGAAGUAGCAGAUUAAACUGGGAUGCUUUUUUCAAUCAUUUCUGAAUGAAUUUAUGGGAAAUAGAGAAAUCAUUAAAUGGCACUGGUUUGCAGUGUUUUAAAAUGUACUGAAGCAAGUGGGGACAGUUCAACUUCUCAGUCUGUAAACUCAGAGAUGCUCCUGCUGUCCCAGUUUUAUCUGUUGCCAUGCAAGUUGUUUAAAAUGCCAUUUGGAGCCCUUGUCUUUCAGAAAUGGAUCAUGACCAAUGACAACUUCAGUUUAUUUACAUGUUGAAUUUUAUGUGAAUUUGAUUUUGAAGUAACUGGUUUUAAUACAAACAAGCCUUUGAACUAAAAUAAAGGUUUUGCUUAAAAUUAA